AAGGCGGGUUUAAAGACGAUGGAGCAAUUUCAUUGGUCGAGGGAACGUUGCCCUUACAAAACCGGAAACUGAUCUAACCUUGACAAGGAAACAUCUCACGUGUAGCUCUAGUCAGGUUCUUAGUUAUUCGUUAAAAAUAUUCUGCGACCUGUAACGGCGAUACUGGCUGGUGUCAGGCACGAAAUGCCUUGCUCAAAAGAUAACGGUUUGGCCACUAAGUGCUUACGGGACCCCGUCCAUUCAUGCAUGGAGACUGGGAACUGUCAUACUGACUGACUGGAUCUACUUGAGUUCAUGGGAUCACUGUCUGGUAUGUCAACAUGAGGAACCCAUGCCGAUUUAUCAUUCGAAACUAUAGUGUGGUACCAAGGUUGUCUACACGUUUAUUUGCACAAUGCCAUGUCCCUCAAGCCGGUCCACAGAGGUUGGAUGUGGGGCACAUGAGCACAUACCAAGGCUAUCCACACAGGUUGGAUGUCAGGCACAUGAGCACACCCCCCCCCAGCGAUGAAGAGCAUUUCUUCAUCACUACCCCCAUCUUCUAUGUCAACGCAUCCCCGCAUCUAGGACAUUUGUAUUCGGCCGUGACCGCAGACUGUUUGCACAGAUACAAACUACUUCAAGGCUUCAAGUCAAAGUUUUCUACAGGCACCGACGAGCACGGCCUGAAAAUCCAACAGGCAGCCGAAUCUGCAGGCAAAGAUCCGCUCAUCUUCUGCACCGAUGUGUCUGAAAGAUUUAAACGUCUAUUCGUCCAAUGUAACAUCUCGUACACGGACUACAUCAGGACCAGCGACCCGGUUCACCGGCGGGCUGUGGAGAGGUUUUGGACAGUGCUGCAGGACAAAGGGCUCAUCUACAAGGGGAGCUAUGAGGGUUGGUACUCGAUGCAGGACGAGAGCUUCCUCACGCCGUCACAGGUGGCCGACGCCUUGGACUCCUCGGGAAAGGACAUCAAGAUCUCCCUAGACAGUGGGCACAAGGUGGAGUGGAUGAAGGAGGAGAACUACAUGUUCCGUCUGUCGGCGUUCCGCCGCCCGCUGCUGGCCUGGCUGAGGGGGAACCCCGGCGCCAUCCAGCCGGAGCGCUUCUACCAGGACGUCCUCCAGUGGCUGCAGGAGGAGCUGCCGGACCUCUCAGUGUCCCGCCAGAGGAGCCGACUCCAGUGGGGGGUCCCGGUCCCGGGCGACCCCCAGCAGACCGUCUACGUCUGGCUGGACGCCCUGGUCAACUACCUGACCGUGGCCGGCUACCCCGACGCCCACGCACAGUGGUGGAGCUCCGCCCACCACGUCAUAGGGAAGGACAUUUUAAAGUUCCACGCCAUCUAUUGGCCGGCUUUUCUCUUGGGGGCGGGGCUACCGCCGCCACGGACGAUCUGCGUGCACUCCCAUUGGACGGUGGGGGGUAAAAAAAUGUCCAAGAGCGUGGGCAACGUGGUCGACCCUGUGGAGAAGUCUGGGCGGUUCGGCACGGACGGCCUGCGGUACUUCCUCCUGCGGCAGGGCGUGCCGGACUCGGACUGCGACUACAACGACGCCAAGGUGCUGAAGGUGCUGAACGCCGAGCUGGCCGACUCGCUGGGCGGCCUGCUGAACCGGUGCACGGCGCCCGCUCUCAACCCCGCCCAGCGCUACCCGCCCUUCUGCCCGGAGCUGUUCGCGGCCGGCUCCGGGGGCAGGGCGACGGCGGACGACUGGCGCCUGCUGGAGGCAGUGCACGGGCUCCCCGCCGUGGUGGGGCGCCACUACGAGACCCUGCACGCGUACAAGGCGCUGGAGGCCGUCGGCGGCUGCGUGCGGCUCACCAACGGCUUCGUGCAACGCCACGCGCCCUGGAAGCUGGACCGGGGUGACGAGGGCGACCGUCGCUGGCUGGACACCCUCCUCCAUGUGGCGCUGGAGUGCCUGAGGACGUACGGCCUGCUGCUGCAGCCCGCCGUGCCGGAGACCGCCCACCGGCUGCUGUGCCGGCUGGGCGUGGGUCCGGGCGAGAGGAGCUGGAGCGCGCUCUCCUUUCUGCCCAGGGCCCGAGGGAUGGCCUGCCCCUUCGAGGGGAGGGCUUUGGGGGCUGAUUGUGGACUGCUUUUCAGCCGCCUGGAGUCUUUGGACACGGACGACCGAAAGCCUAAGAGGACUUUGAAACGUGCAUGAUUUUGCAUGUUUGAUAAUAAUUAAACAUGCAUAAUCAUGCAUGUUUGAUUUCACACUUAAGUGAAACCACUGGCAAUUUGGUUUCACUUAAGUGUGUCUCCAUGUGCAAAUUUGUACUAUUUUGACUCGUGAAAUAAAAGCUAAAUUAAUUCAGACUAAGAUGGUAUUGGGGAUUCAGCUGAUUCAGCAGAAGGCAUACAAUAAAAACACAUUCAACUGACAUGAUAUUGUUUAAUGAGAAAUACACCAAACUUAAAAAAUCGAAAUAAAAUAAACUUGAAUUAUU